CGUAGCGUUUCCCCUCAGGACCGUAGCGUCUCCCCUCAGGACCGUAGCGUCUCCCCUCAGGACCGUAGCGUCUCCCCUCAGGACCGUAGCGUUUCCCCUCAGAACCGUAGCGUUUCCCCUCAGAACCGUAGCGUCACCCCUCAGGACCGUAGCGUCACCCCUCAGGACCGUAGCGUCACCCCUCAGGACCGUAGCGUCACCCCUCAGGACCGUAGCGUUACCCCUCAGAACCGUAGCGUAGCGUCACCCCUCAGGACCGUAGCGUCACCCCUCAGGACCGUAGCGUCACCCCUCAGGACCGUAGCGUCACCCCUCAGGACCGUAGCGUCACCCCUCAGGACCGUAGCGUCACCCCUCAGGACCGUAGCGUCACCCCUCAGGACCGUAGCGUCACCCCUCAGGACCGUAGCGUCACCCCUCAGGACCGUAGCGUCACCCCUCAGAACCGUAGCGUUACCCCUCAGAGGGACAAAAGUCUAAUUCCCAAAUGGGACCCUAUUCCCUAGAUAGUGCACAACUUUAUAUCAGAGCCCUAUGGCACCCUAUUCCCUAGAUAGUGCACUACUUUGGAUUGAUUUUGUAUUCCAUGUGUAUGUUGUGGUUUUCAGGAGUGAACUAUCUGAACUUUAACCAAUAAGAAACGCUUGUUUUGCGUUUUAUGAUGCAAACUGUUUUUUUGCUACGACGUGUCCUAAUGAACACGACCCAUGUUCCCCAUCUUUCUCUUGUUAUGUUGUGGUUUUUAGGAGUCAUAGGUCGUAACCGCCCCCCGUAUCAGCCAUGAGUAGCAAACCCCAACCCCCUCUGAUGAAGAAGCACAGCCAGACAGAUCUGGUGAGCCGGCUGAAGACCAGGAAGAUACUGGGCGUCGGAGGAGAGGAUGAUGAUGGAGAGAUACACAGGUCAAAGAUCAGUCAGAUGCUCGGAAAUCAGAUGAGGUUUGGCGUACGAGAGCCAAUAGGCCUCAGGAUAUGGAUUCUCAUGUCUGCUGUUCUGUUCACAACCAUAGCCUUAAUAGCUCUAGUGUUCCCCAGUCAGCUCUAUGAGUUUGUGUUUGAGCUCAGGACCACCAGGAUCUCCAUCAGACUCUAUGGAGGAGCACUACUCAGUGUCUCAUUGAUCAUGUGGAAUGGUCUGUACACAGCAGAGAAGGCCAUUAUCCAGUGGACCCUGCUGACCGAGGCCUGUCUCCUGUCUGUCCAGUUCCUGGUGACCAGCAUCACCCUGGUGGAGCUGGGUCUGAUGUCAAACUCUGCCAUCCUCCUCCUCCUCAGUGAAGUCCUCUUCCUCAUCAUCACACUCCUCUACUACUACCACCUGGGUCGCAGGACCAAGAAGACCCAGAACCAUACACAUAGCUCUGAUUAGACCCAGAAGACCCAGAACCA